UUUCAAAAAUGCCUAGUGCUGCAAGUAUUAUUCCUGUUUUUACAAGUGCUAGUAGCAAGACUACUAGAAGGCGUAGAAUUUUAAAUAAACCUGAUUUUAUAGAUGAUUCUACAAAAGGCAAGGCUAAAAAGACUAAAAAGAAAAAGCAAAAACAAAAGGCAAAAAAUAAUUCCACAAUGGAUGAACAGUUAUUAAACGAAGUUACUAUUAAUGAUGUUGAACAAGACGAUCCUCAGACGGGUGAAUUGGAAAGUGGUGCAGACCAUGUUGAAAUUGGUCCGGAUCCUGUUGAAGCUAGUGUUAAUGAAGAGGAGAUGCCUCCAAGAAUUUCUGUUGAUUCUACAGGAGGCAAUGCUUGUUUAAACAACGAGGGGACUGAGGAUGGAAGUGAGAAUUUACUUGAUUUGCAAGUGAAUGAGCCUUCCAAUUCACAAGCCGAUCAGUCUGAAGAAAUGAAUUGUCUUGUUGCCGAGAAGUUAAUUGAGAAACAAAGUGGUGUAAAUAAAUUAAUCGAGCCUGUAUUAAAUUUUGAUUCCUCAAUGGAUCUACAGUUAUCUAACAAAGAGAAUAUUGGUUACUCAACCCAAAGUGUUUCUUGCGGAGCUAGCAUUGUUGUAAGUAUGCCUACAGAAGAGGGACUUUCAGUAAUUACUCAGGUUAAUAUUGAUUCUGGUGAAGGCAGUUUUUUGGAUUUAAAGAAAUCUCAAAAUUCUAAUUUGGCAAUAAAAAAUAAGGAAUCUAAUAAACGAAAAAAUCGACAGAAAAACAUUUUGGGUGAUAAAGGAAAUAUUCCUUCGACUUCUGAAGAAAAUAGUCGACCUUUUGGAACAAGUGGUGGUUCUGAUGAUACUUCUGAUGGAAAGCCUCCAAGAAAAGUUUUAAAAGAAAAACUUGACAUAUAUGACGCAAGUUUUUCAAAGUUAUCUGGAGAAGAAGUUAAGAGUGAUUGUACUUCUCAACAAUUAUCAGAAGUGCUUAAUGUAUUCACUAAUAGCUAUUUUAAAUUGGUUAAAAAGAAGGAAAAAUUAAAGGAGAAUUUGUCUGUUGUUAAAACAAAGCUUGCUGUUGCUGAAAAAAAACCGCAGAAAUAUAUUAAAUUGGAAGAUGCAUUUAAAUUGCUUCGAAGGGAUGAUGUUACUGGCCAACCUUUUGAGGAAUUAGUGGAGAUAGAUGAGGAUUACUUUUUUAAGAAAAUCCGAGAUUUAAUUGUGACAAAAGUUAAAUUAUCCAAAAAAGGAAAAAAGCCUAGGCUUGUGUAUAUGUCUUCUGAAAUGUAUAUUAAAAGAGCUAUUAAGUUUUUGGAAGGCGAAGAAAGACGUGACGAGUGUUUUGCUUCCGAAGCAAUCUGGGGAGCAUUUGCAAUAGAAGUAGCGUUAUUUUACAAAGAAUUUGACAUUUUGAUUGUUGGCCAUAGUUCGUUGCAGACACUUGCCUUAUUUGCUGUCGAAUCCCACUAUAAAGAUUCCGAUCCCACCUUUUUCAGAAGCAUUAUAGAUAACUUGAAUCAUUGUCAUAAAAACUUCUACUCCGGGAAUGAAGAAACGCGAACAGUGUAUAAUUACUUAUCAUACGUAGAAAAAUUUUGCGGAUAUAUUAAAAAAAUUGAUAAAGCGGUUUUUAAAGAAGAAAUUGUAAAAUUUCUUCCAACAAACAAAGAACCAAAAGAAAUGGAUCAUAUAUUUAUAUAUAAAUGGUAUCAAGAUUAUAAAAUUGGUGGUCAUGGACCUCAUCACUUUAAAUACGAGGCAACUGAUAGAAAACGCAAAGAUAAAAACAUUCAACAAUCGAAAGGUGUAGAUGGUGAAGGUUGUUCUACUUCAAUGACUACUGGGAGUGGACAAGGAGGAGGACGUGGUUUAACUGGCAGUGGAAAUAAGGAAGAUAAAUGGUUUUACAAUAAAGGAGGAAAUAAAGGUUGGAAUAAUCGUGGAGGUAGUAGAGGAAUUAAAAAAGGAGGAGGAAGAUGA